CUUCAAAGCACCAUCGAGGUUAAUGCUGGAUCAACAUGGCGGCCUGGAAUCUCCUCGGCACGGGGAUGGGGUUUCUGCAGUCGUCCUUGCCGAUUUGUAGACAGGCCUACAGAAGUUCACUUGGAGUGGUGGAGCAGGCCAGGAGCUACUAUGUGAACUGGAGGAUGUUGCGGGAUGUGAAAAGGAGACAAAUGGCAUUUGAAUAUGCAGAUACAAGACUGCGCAUCAAUGCCAUUAGGAAGAAUACUAUUUUGCCAAAAGAGCUACAGGAGAUAGCUGAUAAAGAAAUAGCCGCACUGCCUCGGGACAGUUGUCCUGUGCGCAUUCGCAACAGGUGUGUGAUGACAUCACGUCCUCGUGGAGUGAAGCGCAGGUGGCGUCUCAGUCGUAUUGUUUUUCGGCAUUUAGCGGACCACAACCAGAUGUCUGGAAUACAGAGAUCAAUGUGGUGAUCAGCCAUGGGAUUUUUCUAAAACCUUGCAAUGAAACAAGAAGAUAUUCCUGCAUAAAAUGCAAAGACAAAGAGCUGAAAAACCAACAAGCACCUGCUCAAAUGUUGUUGUUUCUUCUAUUGAAUAUUGAAUUGAUUUUUUUUUUUUUAAAUGAUGGAAAAUGAUGUGCUAUUUUAUUGUAGAUACAAUAAAAAGGUGUAAUGUGAUA